AAAUUUGCAGACGUACUUCCGCUUUCAUUUUGUGUGUCUCAGUUGAUCGUUUACAAUGGAUAUGAAGUAUUUACUGUAUUUGUUUGCAAUUACUUGUUCAUCCAACGGAUUUGAACAAGACCUUACAGUUGAAAUUGGUGCGGGUAAAAUGGAAUGCUUUUAUCAGGCUGUCAAAAAUCCAGGCAGCGUUGAAAUAGAAUAUCAGGUUAUAGACGGAGGAGAUUUAGACAUCAACUUCUUUGUUCAAGCCCCUGAUGGCAAGGUGCUGAUCUCUGAACAUAGGAAAACAGAUAAUUUCCACAAGGUUGAAAUCAGGACUCCAGGAGAUAUGAAGGUAUGCAUGGAUAACACAUUUAGCCACUUUGCCACAAAGCUGGUUUUCUUUGAACUUGUUUCUGAUGAUGAUGAGGAUAAUGAAGACAACAACAAGUGGGAUGGGGCCCAAGAAGAGAUUGCGCAACUGAUGGAUAUGACUAUUGAGGAUCUUAAGACCUUGUUGGAGAAAUUGGGACAAAAUCUUGACAAAUCAAGAAAUCUGCAAACCAUUUUGAAAAUGUAUGAAGCCAGAGAUAGAAACAUUAUGGAGAACAAUUUUGAAAAAGUAAACCAAAUGUCUGCCAUACAGGUGGUGGUUAUGAUAGUUGUAGGCCUUGUACAGGUUUUUGUUAUAAGGCACUUAUUUGAUGACAAAAGUAAGGUGUCUGGUAUCCUGAAAGCCAAAACGUAGUCUCGCUUUCUGUUCAUAGUAAAACAUGAUUUAAGCAAUUAAAUAAAUAAAAUGAGGAGAUAUUAUUGUCUUGAAGUGAUUUGAAUGUGUUUUUUUGGUUUGUUUACCCCUUAUUAUAUUUUUUUGAUUAACAUCUACAUGUAGUUUGUGUGGUAAAGUUUGAUGUAAGAACAAAAGAAACAGAACAAAAGAAGAGCUCUGUUGGAGGAGCUCCUAGUUCAGAUGUAAAUGGUCUAACUUGUAAUUCUUGAACUGGAUGACAUUAUUUUGGGGUUAUAUUAUUAAAUGAUUUCUGAGUGUAUAUAGUAUUGCUGCUCUUUUCGUGAUUAAGCAUUUUAUACAAACUAUCAUUUCAUUAUCCUACAGUGGUGUAUGUUUUGCCAUCUCUCUGGUUGGGUAGAUCAUAAUUUGGGUGUUAUGUAAACCUUUAUUCGUGGUAUGCCUUGUAUAGCACGUUUAUAAUAAGAAUUGUUCACCCAUUGUUUUGUUUUUAUCUAAACAUUUACAUAAUAUUCCUAUUUCUGUUAGUAUUUAUGUGAUGCAUCAAUAUUUAUAUAAUUGUGAUAACAUUAUGAACAAAUGUAUUUUUUCUUUUAAUUUUGAUAACAUUUGUUUACACUCAAUUUUCUUUACGAAGAGGUUGUACUGGGAUAAAAAAAGCUUAUCAAAGAUUGAAAAGGUCUUAAUUCAGAAGUGAGGAAUAUUUACAAAAAUAUUUGUUUAUAUACAACUGUUAGAACAUAAAUAUAUAUAUUUUCUUCAUUUCAACUGUUUUCCUAUGGAGGACUUAACUUUUCAGAUAAAUAAUGAUAAUUUACAUUUGUGUGUUUGUUUCAUUUUAACAUAUAUUAGAUGUUAUAAUUUGGCUUAAAACAUGAUUGGCCAUCAGAUAUAUAGAUAUACAUGUGUGUAUUUAUUGUUGUUAUUGCGGGAUGAUUUUUUAGAUGAACUCUAAUGAAAGAAUUAAAGGGGACUGUUAUUUAUGUUACUACAGCAAUAUAUUCACUAUGUGAAAAACAUUAUGAUAUGGAUGUCACUAAGCAGUAAUUUUAAGCAAAAUAAAAAGUAGUGUGUUUUGGUAUUAUAUAAAUAAUGUGUAGUUUAUAGGAGUGGGGCAUUUUGGAACAAUUAAAAACUGUUUCUUUGCCUCAUAAGUUAUGUUACUUUUACACUGUUGGCAUGUUAUCCAUUAUUUGUCAUUUGAAUCAGAUAUAUGUGUACCAGUUUACAUUUUGCUUCAUAAGCAUUGUUUUCAUAAGUUAAAUGUAGAAUAGAAUCACAAGCAUAAACAAUACUGGACCUUGCUUGCAGACUUUGAUCUUGAGUUUGAAAAUCAUUUGGGCCGUGUUCUGAGAAAACUGGGCAUAAUGCAUGUGCGUAAAGUGUCGUCCUAGAUUAGCCUGUGCAGUCCGCAGAGGCAAAUCGUGGACAACACUUUCCGCCUAAAUUGGAUUUUUGCUAAGAACAGACUAAAUUUAAAGGAAAAAUGUCAUACAAGUGGAAAGUGUCGUCCCUGAUGAUCUGGGACAACACUUUAUUCACAUGCAUUAAGCCCAGUUUUCUCAGAACAUGUCUCAUUUAAUGGUUGGUGUACAAUUAGUACAAUGGAUAUUGGUAAUGAGAUCAGGACCAUCACGGUACGUAGAGCUCUGGACUGUGCAUUUGAGGAUCACGGGUUUGAUCCCUUGCAAGGCCACACAAUUGGUAUGGAGUUUGUACAUGUAAUCAUUUCUAUGGUCAUUGCUCCUGACAUUUGAUUCAAGAAGCCGAGUUGCCAGUUACUGGUGCAAGAAUGUGCCCUUAGUACUGGUAAAUCAGCAAACCACGGGAAAGUGUGAGAUGGUUUACUGACUGCCAUGUUGUGACCAAAAUAUUGUUAACAAUUGGGGAAAAUCCAAGUUAAAAAACACAAUGGACCAUGACAUGAAAAUGUACAUCCUGAAUGUCUAUGAUUUACUAUUUUGUAUUACCAGUAUAUGACAUACCAUUUAAUGUAUAUGAGCAGGUUUUAAACCAUGUGUUAGCUUAUCUUUCAAGUUGAAGGAGCAUUUUUGAAAAAUAUUAUUUUGAUGCAUUUACUGUCAGGAUUUCUUUUCAGUAUUUCUGUUUUAUUCCUUGUUGUUUGCCAUUUGUAAAUAUACAUUCAUGAAUUUGAAAUUGUGCUAACUCACAAUAAUUUCUAUGUAUACAUUUAUUCGUCAUUAUCAUGUGUAUUAGCAAGCAUGCUCUUACUGCUGAUAUUUUGAAAUCCAGAUUGUAAAAUGACAUUCAAUAUUUUAACAGGGUAGUUAUUGUUAAUCAACCUGGAUAUUUUCCAUUUUCCAUGAACAAUUUUGUCAAAAUAAGGGAACAUAUUCCUUUGCAUGUUUAUAGUAGCAGAAAAGAAAGAGCUCCCUGUUAGAUAAUUAGAGGUAUACUGCACCAAAAAACUGUGUGAUUUAAAGCAAAUAUUUACAGUAUCAAAUAGUGAUAUUUUUCAAUUUCAAAACAUCAUUGAUAUUUUUUGUUUGUUAGAAAAGGCGAUAAACAUCAGUAUUUAUUUCUUCAUGGAAAGACAGCAACUUAUGGGAUACUUUUCCAGUAUUAUACACUAGAUUAGCAUUGAAUAUUAUUUGUAAUGCAUACAAACAUGAGCCACACUCCAAAGCGCAUUGGUCAUGUUUACCAAGUCUUGCUUUAUGAACUUCUUUCAGCUAAAUUUCUUUAUGAAAUCUUCCCAUGAGCUUUGAGUUUGCAUCAUGUGUCAUUCUAAAACAUGGGUUUUCAAUUUAUUAACAAAAGCUUAAUUGCCCAAGUCCGUUUUGGGCUACUAUGUUGCAAAAUGCUUUUUGAAAACCUUAUUUGUAAUACAAUCUUGUUUCAGUAUUCUUUAUUUGUGGGUUAAACCUAUGCAAAAUAUGUUAAUAUAUACCGGUAAUCAUCCUAUUCAUUAAUGUCCCACUGCUUAAAUGCUCAUCUAGUCUCGUCAUUUCUCGUGUAUUGUAUAUGUCAUUAUUUGGUAUCCCAUUACACUAUUGCUAUUUUGUAUUUGAUGGUUUAGAUGAAUGUUACAACGAAUUUCAUAUCACCAUUUACAUUUGUAAUUUGAAAUUUGACUUUGCCGAUUCUAUUGAACUGUAGAAUUUUUUGUGAAUUGUUGAAAGACCAAAUUUCACUCUUGAUUUUUUGUAGUAAUGAUGUUCAGCACAUGUUCAAACCAUUACACAUUUUUUUUGUAAUAAGAUCACUAUGAUCAGUUGAAAUCCUAUGACUGUGAACUCAAAAGCAUUCUUGAGGAGUUGUUCUAUAAGAUUGUUGAGGUUAUUAUAAUGAUGUGAAUAGAUUUGGUAACAUGAAUUUGUUGACAUAUUGUUGUAUUUGUUGAUGAAGAAAAUUACAUCAUUAAAAUAUCUAGUUUGGGGUCAACAGAUUCAAUGAGUCAUGUGGAACAAAAAACAUUUCUAAUCAACUUACAUUUGUAUGCUUUUACAAACUGUGAAACAUUUUUAUGUUAUAUACUUGUUGUUCUGCUCUCAUUUGUCUUCAUGUUUAGGGUCCUAUUUUGGAUAUUCUUGAAUUGAUUUUGUGCUUAAAUAUUUAUGGGGUGAAAAUAAAAUAUUGUAUAAAA